AUGGGGUCGUUUUUGAGGACUUUCCGGAAAGAUGCGGGAUCCGCCGCACCUUCAAUUGGGGUACCUGCCCCAAAGAAGGAGCUCCAACCGCCUCCGAUGACCCCGUUAGAGAAGAUGCUUACUGAGCUUGGUCCUAUCCGAGGGGAUGGUAGUGACAAGUUCUUUGGAAUGGAAAACUUCGGAAACACUUGUUAUUGUAACUCGAUACUGCAGUGUCUAUAUUAUUCUGUCCCUUUCCGAGAAGCCGUUCUCAACUAUCCCAAGCGAACACCAAUCGAAGACUUAGAAACAGCACUCGCAAAGGCCCUGCGUUACCAGGAUCCGAAUGCACGCCAGGAAGCAGAGGCGUUAGCCGAGAAGCAGAAAGCCGCCAAUUCCCCGCGGCCUGGCCAGCCUCCAAAUCCCCAGCAAAAGCCAGAAGAUAAAGAUUCCCCGGAGUACAAGAAGAAGGUAGCUCUGCAGACGCUUCCUCUCCUCGAGACUGCCGAUAAUUCACCGAGCUACGGUAUAUCGGAAUCAUUAUUUUCUUCGCUCAAGGACAUAUUUGAAUCGGUCGUUGGGAGUCAAUCGCGUAUAGGAAUAAUCCGGCCGCAACAUUUCUUGGAGGUGCUCCGUCGCGAAAAUGAGAUGUUCCGGACAGCCAUGCAUCAAGACGCUCACGAAUUCCUCAACCUCUUGUUGAAUGAAGUUGUUGUGGACGUGGAAAAAGCCGCAGCAAAACUACUGGAAAAUCCCCUUCCUGGGAGUGAGGUUUCAGACGCCCUCAUACCCUCGUCUAGCUCCGGUUCCAGAACGCCAAACACGACGCGGUGGGUUCACGAAUUGUUCGAGGGUCUUCUGACCUCUGAAACACAAUGUCUCACUUGUGAGAAGACGUCGCAGCGCGAUGAAGUCUUUCUAGAUCUUUCGGUGGAUCUCGAGCAGCAUUCUUCGGUUACUUCAUGCUUGAGGAAGUUCUCGGCGGAGGAGAUGCUAUGUGAGAGAAACAAGUUUCAUUGCGACAAUUGUGGUGGACUCCAAGAAGCAGAGAAGAGGAUGAAGAUCAAGCGUUUGCCCCGAAUCUUGGCUUUGCACCUCAAGCGUUUCAAGUAUACUGAAGAUCUUCAACGACUCCAGAAACUCUUCCAUAGAGUUGUUUACCCAUACCACCUCCGCCUCUUUAAUACGACGGAUGACGCCGAAGACCCCGAUCGCCUUUACGAGUUGUACGCGGUUGUCGUGCAUAUUGGCGGUGGGCCAUAUCAUGGGCACUAUGUUUCUAUCAUCAAAACUGAGGAUAGAGGGUGGCUGCUUUUUGAUGAUGAAAUGGUAGAACCUGUGGAUAAGAGCUAUGUGCGCAACUUCUUCGGCGACAAGCCGGGCUUGGCCUGCGCAUAUGUGCUGUUUUACCAGGAGACAACUAUGGAGGCAGUGAUGAAGGAACAGGAGCAGGAGAACAUGGAGCCGCCCGUGGAAGUGAAUGCUUCCACCCUUAAGCAGAACGGUUUUGCGAGCUCGGCCACACUUGCUCACGCUCAAAGUGCCUCUCAGUUCCCAACUUAUGAAGAGCAUGACCGCUUUACGGGCUUGAAGCGAGCCCCAACCGCACCCCAGCUAUCAACACAUCUUGAACACACUACCACGGACUCGGAAAGCCUACCCUCUCCGGCUCCCGUCUCUACGCCUCUUACUUCAUUGCCUCCUAUACCACCAAUUCCUGAGACACCCCCAACCCCGCUAACAUCUCGAAAGAGCGAUUUACAAUCCAAAAAAGAACGAGUCAAAGAGGAGAAAGAGCGAGAGAAAGAGCGGAAGGCCGCCGAGAAAGACUUGGAGAAACAGCGUCGAAAAGAGAUAGAGACAAGGUUCAAAGAGAGGCAACGACGCGAAGACGACGAGUUGAAGGCAGCUCUUGAAGCAAGCAAGGCAACGAAAGAAGACGAGGAUCGACGCAAUCACACCGAGAAUGGUUCAACCAAGAGGGCAGCCGGCGGUCUUGGUCGAUUCAGAAGUCUUAGCCAGCGAUUAAGCAGCAAAGAAAGUCGGACAUCUCUGUCCAAAAUACCACCGCUGCCAAACGGAAACCACGCCUUAAGCAAAGUCCCAGAUGAGCCUGAGCAAGAUCACCCAAUGUCACCAGCGCCGUCUGAGCCCCCAUCACGACCAGCAUCACAGCCAUUGAACGACCAUCUCAUACGUUCUCCAAGGGCUGAGAGCCCUGCAGUAUCAUCGAGCGAACAAGAACCCAUCAAGCACUCAAAACACGAACGAUCGAGUCAUGGCAAGUGGCGAAGUUUCAGUCUUAGAAAGAAGUCAUUCAAUAUUCUCUCAUCAUGA